CCGGCCUUCCUGGCCGGCCGCCUCGCCCUCUUCGUGCUGGGUGAGCGGGCCGGGGACGGCCCCGACCUCCCGCCGGGCUCCUUGCCCGAGGGCAGCGUGGACCUGCGGGAGCUGCUGGCCGUGUCCGUGCUGGCCGCCGUCAAGGGGGGCGAGGAGGUGAAGCGCGUCCGGGAAAGCAACGUCCUCCACGAGAAGGCGAAGGGCAAGACCCGCGAGGGGGCUGAGGAGAAGAUGACCAGCGGGGACGUGCUGUCCAACCGCAAGAUGUUCUACCUGCUCAAGAACACCUUCCCCGGCCUGCAGAUAAAUACUGAAGAACGUGUUGAUGCACCUGAUAAGGAGACAAUUUUCUGGGAUCGCAGUAUUCCUGAAGACAUGAAAAAAAUACAACCUAAAACGGUCCCAGCAGAAAGUGUUACAGUAUGGAUUGAUCCAUUAGAUGCUACACAGGAAUACACAGAGGAUCUUCGACAAUAUGUUACUACUAUGGUGUGUGUGGCUGUAAAUGGUGAACCGGUAAUAGGAGUAAUACACAAGCCCUUCUCAGCAUAUACAGCUUGGGCAAUGGUGGACAGUGGGUCAAAUAUAAAAGCUCGUUCUUCCUACAAUGAGAGAACUCCAAGAAUUAUUGUGUCCCGCUCUCAUGCAGGAAAAGUAGAACAAGUAGCACGGCAAACAUUUGGAAAUAAAACUGUGAUCAUCCCAGCAGGUGGAGCAGGCUAUAAAGUCUUAGCCCUCCUUGAUGUGCCUGACAAGAAACAAGAAAAAGCUGAUGUGUAUAUUCACGUGACAUACAUCAAGAAGUGGGAUAUAUGUGCCGGGAAUGCUGUGCUAAAAGCAUUGGGUGGUCACAUGACUACCUUGACGGGUGAAGAAAUCAGUUAUACUGGUUCAGAUGGCAAUGAGGGGGGACUCCUAGCCAGUAUCAAUAUGAAUCAUCAAGCAUUGGUUGACAAGCUCCCAAAUCUGGAGAAGGCAUCAAACAAACAAACAUAACUGCUGAUGUGUACACAAAUGCUUCUGUGGCCUCACAAUGUUUAGCCUGAGGAAACAGGUGUGAAAAGAGCCUGCUGGGGACUAGGCACUGAAAACCAAGGCAACUCAAAGUGUUUUUUGGGGGAACUAUAUAUAGCAUUGGGCUUCUUCAUUGGUGGUGGAUACAAAUUCAGAAUUAGGAAGGUGACUGAACUUCCUCAUGCCAUUGUCAGUCUUGAGACUUUUUCCAUCCAGUUAUAUUCAAGGUGCAUAUAUGGUAUAUAUUUGUGAAUAUAGGCAAAUGAAAAGAAAAUCCAGAUGGGUACUUAGAUUAUUAUAAGUGACAUUUUUCAUGGAUUCUUGGAACAUGUCACACUUUUACGGUAUAGUAGCUGCUCCAUCUUGAAUCAGGUAGAAGAAAGGAUUGAUUUUUAUGUAGUCACUUGAUGACCCUGUAAACUGCCUAGCAUGAAAGAUGAAUUCCACAUUCCCUUGGAUUAAAAGCACAAGUUGCAUACACAUUUAUGUUUGCUUUCAACAGUUCAUCUUUGACAGAAUAGUAUUUUUGAAUAAGACAUGUUCUGUACUAGUUUGCUGGUCAUUUUUCCUGAAAACUUAAACCAAUUUAAGUCACAUGAGAAAAACAUGAAUAUUGGUGUUUUUAUUAAUCAGUGUUGUUAUUUUCUGUAUAUCUUUUAAAAAGAAAAUAACUGAUUCCUUGUAUGGGUUUUUAACAGGUUAACACUUGACCUUGAUUUCAGUUUGCUAUGUUAAAGGUGCAUGCUAGAGUUUUCUCUAAUGUGGGAUUAGUUCAAUGUUUGUCCCUGUAGAAGCAGCCACCUUUCCUUUUAAUGUCUUUUCAUUCACUAAGUUACUAGACAAAUGAAUAUGACAUUUUUGUUGGUUAUAGUAAGUCGUCGGGUUAACUUACAAUAUGGAUGCAAACUAGCAGUUUUUUAGAAUUCCAAAAUUAACUUGUUGGCUUUUCAAAGGUUGAAUUUCCUUUGAAAGAUGUAUUGUUUCCUUCUUUGCUAUAAACUCACUGUAAUUCUGAACAGUCUGUGGCCACGUAUUCACCUUGGCAUUUAGCUCUGUGUUAAGUUACAACGUGUUCCCAGAAUCUAAAAUGGGAUUUAGAAUUUUUUGAUGGCCUGUGGCAUUGCUUGUACCUCAGUCUGAAAAGUGGUACUUUUCAAUUAAUUCCACUUCCGAGUUUUAGCUUCAUUCAUAUGGGACAAAACAUUAGUCCUUUUAGGUCAGAUAACAAAUAGCAGUUCCACCAACAUCUGUGGGCCUUUCUCUUCUGAAAAUAUAAGGAGGUAGUAGAAUGUAAGGAGGUAGUAGAAUAAUAUUUAAUAAAACAAGUUUAAAAGUA